AUGGCCUCGCCCAAAGAGCCGGUGUCUAACACAACUGAAGAGAUGCGCGCAACGAUUUCGUUACAUUGUUCGGUCGAUCCAGUUAUUGACUUCAGUCGGUUCUCUUCAUGGGAUCGGUUGCUACGGGCCACAGCAUAUACCCUUCGAUUCCUUAAUAACUCUUCCAAGAUGAAGCCAAAAAUCAAUGGACUACUUCAACAAGAUGAACUUCAAGUAGCAGAGGUAACGAUCUUCAGGCUUGUACAGCGCGAGUCGUACUCGGACGAGAUCAGCGCACUAUCCACUAAGGCAGCGAACAAAACCGGACAGGACUUCAUCGGGAAGCACAGCUCUAUCUACCAACUAAUACCGUUUCUAGACGAUAAUGGCUUGCUGCGUGAACGUGGUCGGCUUGGUGCAGCUGAGGACAUAUGCUACAACGUGCGUCAUCCUAUUAUCCUCCCGCGGAACCAUCUCGUAACGCUGCUUCUAGUGAAUAUGUACCAUCGCCAAUACCGCCACUGCAAUUCGGAGACCGCCGUUAACGAAAUACGUCAGCUAUUUAACAUUCCAAGACUCCGCUCAAUUGUAAGGAAAGUAAGCCGCGACUGCACCUUUUGUAAGAUCCGUAGGGCAAAGCCAGCUAUUCCACUCAUGGCGCCUCUACCACCUGCUCGUCUGGCCCACCACGAGCCACCAUUUACCUAUACGGGUUUGGACUACUUCGGGCCACUAUUGGUAAAGCAGGGGCGAUCCAACGUCAAGCGUUGGAUCGCACUUUUCACAUGUUUGACAAUACGAGCCGUCCAUUUGGAAGUCGCUUACACUUUGUCUACGGAAUCAUGUAUCUCUUGUGUCCGGCGGUUCGUUGGUCGUCGCGGACCUCCUGCUGAAUUCUUUAGUGAUAACGGGACGAAUUUCCAAGGAGCGGAACGAAUUCUACGGUACCAGAUAAGCCAGGGACUGUCUGCAACGUUUACCAGCACUGACACGAAAUGGAACUUCAUACCGCCAGGAGCGCCUCAUAUGGGCGGAGCCUGGGAACGUUUAGUGCAAUCAGUGAAAGCUGCGAUCGGGGAUGCCUACUCUGAGGGAAAGCUCAACGACGAGGGGCUGCAGACUUUGGUCGUGGGGGCGGAGAAUAUGGUAAACUCAAGGCCUCUGACCUAUCUACCGCUUGACUCUGAAGAGACCGAGGCUCUUACGCCAAACCAUUUCUUGAUAUUGAGCUCUUCUGGCAUGAAACGUUAUAAAAGAGAUACUGCUACAGUUCGUGGUCAUUCUAGUGAACUUGUUCGCAAAGAAAUCCUGGGUAGGUCAUGGGAACUAAUUCAGAGGCAGCUAGGAAUAUUUUGGAAACGUUGGCUGAUGGAAUACUUGCCGGUGAUCCGUCGGCAACCAAAAUGGUUCGAUGAGGCACGAGCACUACAGGAAGGGGACUUGGUAAUGGUCGCUGAACCUAUGAAGCGUAAUGGGUGGCAACGGGGACGAAUCAUCCGCACAAUCCAGAACCCGGAUGGACGACAACGACAAGCGGUUGUGAAAAUUGGGGAAAAAACCUUUGUAAGGCCGAUGACACGGUUGGCGCUACUUGAUCUGAAGGAAAACCGUGAAGAUCCGGACGAUUCCGGACUACACCGGGGGGAGACUGUUGGCGCAGAAGAGGACAAUCUGGCAACCCUGUCAUCUAUUUUAAAAGCGCCGCGUUCACCUGUCAAAGCGUCGAAGCGGUUCCAGUGA